AAACUGUCUGUUUCCUCCUUCACGAUUCCUCAAAGGUUUGUCAGCUGAAUUAAGGUCAGUGAAAUGGCUUUGACUGUGGAUGGAGACCAGCUUCCCCUGCGAGGAGAGGCCGGAGAGGAUGACGGUAAAGCCGGCGGGAGGACGGACACAAGCCGGUCGGAAUCUUGUUUGGAUCAACCAAUGGAUUCACGCGAUUCAUUGGUUGUCCAUGAAGUCAUCAAGGAUUUGCCCUCACCCCUCCCAGCCAAACAUUACGACGCCGACACCACCGAACCGAUCAGCUGUGGCCUUCAAUCUUUGGAGGAGCUGUUGUCCUGGAAACGAAGCGAGGCAAACCCCUUCAAUGUGGCGGCAUUCCCUCUGGCACCUCGGGACCCUCCUCUGGCCAGAUGUCCCCGUCGCACCUUGGUGUCUCACGACAUGAUGGGAGGCUACCUGGAUGACCGGUUUGCCCAGGGGACAAACUCAGAGGCUCCGUAUGCCUUCUACCACUGGCAGUACAUCGAUAUUUUCAACUACUUCACACACAACCUGGUGACCAUCCCUCCUGCUGUGUGGACCAACGCAGCACAUAAACAUGGAGUCGUUGUUCUUGGGACUUUUAUCACUGAGUGGAAAGACGGAGCUGCAGCGUGCGAGGCAUUCCUGAUAGAGGAGGAGUCGUACCGGGCGGUGGCUGAUAAACUAGUCCAGAUCAGCCACUGCUACGGCUUCGAGGGCUGGCUCAUCAACAUAGAGAACACCCUCAGUGAGGUUGCGGUGAAGAACACGCCUUUGUUCCUGCGCUAUCUGACGGACCAGAUGCGCGAGCGGGUGCCGGGCAGCCAGGUGCUGUGGUACGACAGCGUGAUUGAGAGCGGACAGCUGACGUGGCAAAAUGAGCUCAACCAGUCCAACAGGAUGUUUUUUGACGCUUGUGAUGGUUUUUUCACCAAUUACAACUGGACAGAGACGGGCCUUGAGUGGAUGAGGGACUACAGCGGAAUCCAAGGUCGCCAGGCUGACGUCUACAUCGGGGUGGACGUGUUCGCCCGAGGCGAGGUGGUCGGAGGAAAGUUGGAGACGAAUAAGGCGCUGGAAGUCAUCCGGAAGCACGGCUUCUCCGCGGCCAUCUUUGCUCCCGGCUGGGUGUACGAGAGCCACGACGAUAAGACCGAGUUCCGCCAAAAUCAGGACAAGUUCUGGGCUCUUCUGUCAGACUACCUGUACAUCCAUCGGCCAACCUCGUCGCUCCCCUUCACCUCCUCCUUCUGCCAGGGCUUUGGGAAGGCUGUCUACUGUAGAGGAAAGGUACUGAAAGAGCGUGAGGCCAACAGGAGCUGGUUCAACCUUAGCGCCCAAGAGAUCCAGCCCUUGUACUACCACACAGAGCUGGAGGGCCAGGGCUGGCUGAGCAGUCGCGGCUGCCCGGAAGACGCCUGGAACGGGGGCUGCUCACUGCUUCUGAACGGACUCAUCCCCGCCGCACACACGUCUCCAGUUUGUGCCAAGAUCUUGUCCCUCCACGUACCCCUGGCAUCCAAGACUCUGGUGACCCUCAUCUACAAGCCAUCCCCCGGGAUCAAAGUGUUUCUGGAGCUGAAGACAACAGACGCCCCUCUUUGCACGCACAUGGACGUCCAGGAUGUCAAACCUAGCAGCGUGUCUCCUGUGGCACCGGAAGAGGGGUUCCAGUUGGUGAGCCAGUUCUAUCAGCUGUGCGGAAACUUGAGUCCAGAUGGCUGGAAUGUCGGGUGUUCACAGUUGGAGCUUCAGGGCUGUGCUCUGAGAGAAGUUUGUCUCAGCAUCCGGCGGGACGGUCCGCCUAAGGACACGCCGUUCAGCUGCCGGGUGGGAGAAAUCAUGCUCUCGGAUGUAGCCAGUCUACAGGUUCUCCCUGAGCCGUUCCAGGGCCUGUGCAUCUACGACGUGGUGUGGCUGCGUGGUGCUGGUAUCUCGGAGUCCUCCUCCCUGCACUUUAACGCCACCCUCCGCUGGGAGUACCCGACAGAGCUCGUGUGCCACUUCCGGGUGUACUGGCGACGGUUGGGAGGACCCGAGCCCAGUCAGCUGGUUCUGGUGGGCCGGUCGUACUCUAAUCUUUUCAGAGUGACGGAGCUUGCAGUGCCAGACCCGGAGGGCCUGCUGGAGCUGAUGGUGGAGCCGGUGAUCAGGAAGCAACUCUCGGUCCCGGAGAGCCACUGGGGUAGAAGAAGCCUCAGAUACACAGGAAUAACCACAAUGACUUAACAGAACAUCUUAUCAGGCUGCUUGUCCUUGACACUUUACAUUAUGGUGCUGCAUUCAUGGUUCUGAUGUAACCCUAACCCUUAAAUUACAUUCAUUACUUGUUAUCAAGAGGGAGAUGAGAUUAUUAACACCAUUAUGUCUGUUAUACAAGAGUGUAAGAAGUGGCACAAUCAUGCAAUGAAAUAUUUACUGUCCCAAAUAUACAUUGUAACUUUCCUCUCAUACAUAUAUGGAUUUGAUUUGUUUCUUUAUAAACUGUUGUCAGCGAUAUGUAUGGAACAUCAAAAAUAUUAGAUGUAGUCAUAGGAUACAUCUUGCAAAUUAACAUUCACAACGAUCAUCAAGGAGUUCUUGAAAUGUGAUGACUUUGACCCUGACGCCCUGCUACAUCAUAAUUAUAAAUUAAACUGCAAAAUGUGCCACCCCCCUCCUACACUGCAAAGGAUUCAUUCAUCAAAAGAGGACUUCCACCCAGCCUGGGCUCAGUAGGAAAUAAAAAAAUUAAGUACAUAAGUAUUUGAGCUGUUGCUUUGCCCCUGCUAAAUAUCCUGCAAUAAAUAUCUA